AUGGAUCCAAUAGAAGAACAAGCUCAAGAGAUUGAAGUAUUACAAUCAAUUUAUCCUGAUGAAUUGACUUUAAUUAAUAAUACUCAUUUCAUCAUUCGAAUAGAUUUAGAUACACCAUCAAAAAGGAAACAUAGUUUGAAUUUAAUUGUUAAAUAUCCUCCUACUUAUCCUGAAGUAAUUCCUCAAUUAUCUAUAGAAUUAGCUGAAUCUCCAGAAGAUAAAGACAACUAUGAUAACGGUGACAGUGAUGAAGGUGACAGUGAUGACGAUGACGAUGACGAUGAAAAUGCAGAUUUAAAAUUAGCAUUAAAUAUGGCCGAAACCAUUGAAUUUGAUCCUAAAACUGAUCUUAAUGAUACAUUAAUGAAUAAAUUAUUAGAAGAAAGUGAAUUAAAUUUAGGUAUACCAAUGAUUUUCAAUUUAAUCACCAUUUUAAAAGAAGAACUGGAAAAUUUAUUCAAUGAAAAAUUAAACAUUAAACAAUGUGAAUUUGAUGAACAACAAAAAAUUAAAGAAUUAAAUGAACAAAAAAAAUUUCAUGGUACUAAAGUUACUAAACAACUGUGGUUAAAUUGGAGAAAUAAUUUCCGAAAAGAAAUGAAAUAUGAAUUAUAUGAUAAACAAAGAUUUGAAAAUAUGCAUAAAGGGAAAUUAACUGGGAAACAAAUAUUUGAAAAAGGUUUAGCUAAUCAAAAUGAUGAUGAUGAAGAAGAAGAAGGAGAGAAUCAGACUAUUCAAGAACAAGAGAAAGAUAUUGUUGAUGGGAUUAAAAGACUAUAA